AUGCCGCACAUGGACAAGGGCCUAACAGUUAGAACUCGCAAUCUAAAGUGCCUAGCGCUCAUUAACGAAAAGCUGUUCCCUCGGUCCAACCCCCUCACUUACCGCUCCCGCUGCCAAAUCCUAGGCCUCGAACCAUUAUUUCUCAGACGGUUUAAGAUGAACUUAACUGUCUUACACCAUCUGCUGCAUAAGAACGUUUUUAUAGCAGAGGCUAGACCAAACGUAAACCCACGACCUCACUACAGACUCAGUAAAUCCUGCAACCUCUUAGUGUAUCCUCCAGCUCGAACAAACCUACGCCACCACUUCUUUCUAGUUAAUUACGCUCGCAUCUGGAACAGGCUGCCUGAGCAGCUGCAAAACAUCACGCAUCAUCAUACUUUUCUCAGUCCGCAGACAAAUUCCUUAGCUGUGAGCCUGCUGCCGCCUUACUCUCAUUGCACCUGCGUCCUUCGCGACUUGCUUCACCAGCGUUUGUAUGCUAUUUGCUUGUUUGAGUUGACUGAGCCCUCUUCACUGGCCUUGCUAUCUUCCGACUGGCAAAUGACAGCUGGUAGCUGGGGUAUUUGUCAAUGCACAAAAUUCAUUAAAAUGGUUGCUGGAGUAUUUAUAAUUGCGCUAACCGCACUUAUGCCUGCUUAG